AUGGCAAUUGUGAACAAUACUCUCGAUAAGGCAUAUCCGCGAGAUUUCAUGCAAAGAGGAAGAGUGAGAGUUUUGUUGAAGAAGGAAGAUGGAACCCCUUACAAUCCUGCCAUUUCUUCCCGGAAACAGCUGAUGAUCCAUGUUGCAGAGUUGGUCCGGAGACAUCCUAAUAGGACUAAGAAGCAGGAGCCUGCAUCCUCUUCUGCAGCUGGUUCUUCAAAAUCUGGGAAGGGGGGUAAAAAGAAGAGAUAGUUUCAGGAGGCAAUGUUUCAAUUUCUUCAGACCGUUUGGAGAUCUUAGAUUUGUUUAUUCUCGGACUUUCUUCUCGACUUGAUUUUGCGAGAUGUUGCAAAGUAAGAAGAAGGGACAAAUGAGCUAUCCAAGAAUGUAUCAAAUGUACUUGUACCAUCGAUUGAGAAUUUGAGACAUUUUUGUUGUUUUUUUGGCCGAACUUAGCCAUAUGGCGAUUGUUAAUAUUUGUGUUAGAUUACAACUAUGGUUUAAUCCCAAAUUAGUUAGGGAAUGACAAUAUGCGUCAAUCUCAAACUAGUUGGCACUGAUGAUUUGAA